AUGGCUGCUCAGGCACAGCAGGGCCAUGAAAGCUUCAACAUCCCCUUCGAAAGGCUCAAUGGAGCCAAUUGGGAGGACUGGUCCAAGCGCAUGUAUUAUUGGCUGGAGGGAAAGCAGCUGUGGGAAUGCACACAGGCCGAUCCAGUCGUGGCCGGGCCCAAUGCAGCAGCUGCAGAUGUGGAGAGGGCUACAGCAGCAGCAAAGAAAGAUAAGAAGGCCAUGUCCCAUGUGGUGAUGGCGAUUGAAGCGUCGCAGCUCCCCCAUAUUGAUGGCUUACGUACCUGUCAUCAGAUAUGGUCUGCUCUGACUAGAAUACAUCAGAGGACCACAGCUGGGGCAAAGAUCCAUGUGAUACGUUCUCUGUUUGAGAAGAGGCUGUCCCCAGGGGAGCCGAUAAGGGAUCACAUUGCUCAGAUGCUGACCAUCUUCAGUAAGCUGCGUCAGCUCAAUGUGCCCUUCCCAGAUGAACUUAAAGCUUAUACGCUUUUAAGCUCUUUGGACAGGAGUUAUGAGAACUUGGUUCUAACGAUGGAAACGAUGCCGCCGCAGGAUCUUACGAUCGAAUAUAUUAGCGGACGCUUGAUUGACGAAGAAUCAAAGCGCCAGAGGGCUGUGAAAGAGGGCGCAGGCUGCACCCCAAGAAAGAGCGGGGGGGGAGCAGCCAGGAGUGGCGAGGACUGUGUGAGAGCCUUUGUUUCCAAGAGAUGCUAUCGGUGUGGCAGCAACACACAUCUGGUCCGCAAUUGUCCGCUAGAGGCGCAGGAUGGCGGCAAGGACUCUGGCCGGCGUGGAAUGUCAACAAAGCAGGUUCCCAAGGCCGGUUCUCACCAGAGACGUGGGAAAGCAGCAGGCCAAAACAAAGACAAGGCGUCUUAUCACCUCACAGCUGCGUUGGUCUGUCUGGGAAGCAGCGAAAGCCCUAGUCGGGGGGAGGCUGUGGCCAUGGCAACCAGGAAGGACACUGACAGUGGGGGUGCAACCAACGCCAUGGCAUCUUUGGAAAACAGCCAAAGAGACACUUUUUCUUUUGUUGUCGACAGUGGAGCGUCGCAUUGCCUCGUUAACUCCAGAGAGCUCCUGAGGAACUGCAAGACAGUUAAAACUGCACGCUCUGUUAUCUUAGCAGAUGGGUCGAAAAGACCGCUGACUGAAUCUGGGUCUUUGUUUUGCUCUUUUCUAGGUUGUGAAGUGCCAGCUUAUUUUGUCCCAGAACUUGCCCAUUCUCUUUUGAGUGUGUCAGCAUUAAUGGCUAUUGGAAUUGAUGUUCUGUUCUCUAAUAAUUUGUGCUCUUUUUACAGGGAUGGGAAGAAGAUCUACAGUGUUGAGAGGAAAGACAGGCUCUUUCUGGUGGAGAUGCCCAUUGAAAAUGGGGCUGGUGGGAAAAUGGGGCUGGUGGAAAAUGGGGCUUGUGGAGAGUCCAUUGAUGAUGCCCAAGUGCAGUGUGCUAAUGUCCCACCACACCAUGAUUGUAUUCACUUAUGGCACAGGAAAUUUGGGCACGCUGGGUGGUCACUUGUGCGGAAAGCAGCAAUGAACACAAUUGGGUGUAGGUUCAAGGCAUGUGACAAAUACCUAGAUUGUCAAGCCUGUAAGCAAUCAAAGGUCACAACAUGCACAUACCCCAGGUCAGAGAGGAGGACCAGCAAACCUUUUGAACUUGUGCAUGCAGAUUUGUCAGGUCCCAUGCCAACACCUUCUUUAGCUGGAUCUAAAUGGGUUCUGAUUCUGAUUGAUGAUUUUUCGAAACACACUUGGCUGUUUACGCUUAGAUGCAAGUCAGAAGCAGCUGCAUUGAUCAGAGAUUGGAUCACAGCGGUAGAGCUGCGUUUCUCUACCAGGGUGGUUUCCUUUCAAUCUGAUCGCGGGGGGGAAUUCACAGGUUCUGCGCUGCAAUCGUUUUUCAGGCAGAAAGGUAUCACUCAUCGAUUGACUGCCCCCUACUCUCCGCAACAGAACGGGGUGGCGGAGAGGAAGUUUCGCACUUUACAGGAAUCAGCGAAUGCUAUGUUGGCAGACUCGGGUUUGCCACAGCGCUUUUGGGCUGAAAGUUAUAAGACAGCAUGCUUUGUGCAGAACAGGGUGUUCAAUUCAAGUGUAGGAGACACACCGUAUUUUCUGCUUCAUGGGAAGAAACCGAAGGUGGAUUUUUUCCACAUUUUCGGUUCGCAGGCUUGGGUUUUGGUUCCAAAGGCCAUGCGCAGAAAGGGUGAACCAAGGUCUAGGAAGAUGAUCUUUGUAGGCUAUGAGCCGAGUUCAAAGGCGUGGCGUUUCGCAUACCCUACUGGCAACCAGUCUAAGCUGCUUAUUAGCGGCAGUGCUGAGUUUUGCGAGCAGAGUGGGUGGAAACGUCUUCACGGGAACCCAGAUGUUCUGUUAGACUCAGGUGAUGAGGAGGAGGAGGACGAAGCUGAACCUGUUGCUGAGGCACAGAGUCCAGAGCAGGGAUCUCCAAGGCAGAGGCCCCAAACCUCUCCAAAAGGGAGUCCCAAGACCCCUCCACAGGUCUCUGUCAAGUCUGAGCCGAGAAGUGAGCCAUCCUCACCAGCAGAACCAGCUGUACGCCCCAAACGGCGCAGCAGGUCAGAGGGGGAGGUUUCUGACACAGGAGAUGGUAGGGCUGAUCCAGGUGAAUCAGGCGCAGGUCCAGAAUUCACGCUGAGGAGGUCAGCAAGGUCAACCAAGGGUAAGCCUCCUGAAAGGUAUGAAGCCACUAGUGUUUGGGUUGGUGUGGCUAGGUGUGAGCCUGAAUCCUUUGAGGAUGUUCAGAAGUUGCCUCAGGCAGAAGCUAGCAAAUGGCGUGAGGCGAUGCAGAAGGAGAUGAACUCAAUGGAGUCUCUUGGUGUGUUCUCACUCACUCAACUGCCGGCUAACCAGCGAGCUGUUAGUUGUAGGUGGAUUUACCGCUUGAAACCCACAGAAACGGGAGAACCACAGUACAAAGCGAGAUUAGUGGCACGUGGAUUCACACAGAAAAAGGGUGUCCACUUCACAGAGGUCUAUUCGCCGACCUCAAGAGCGGAGACUUUGAGAAUGCUUUUGGCGAUAGCAGCACAGAGAGGUUGGAAGGUGAGUCAUUUUGAUGUAGAUGUUGCCUACCUGAAUUCAGAUCUCCAGGAGGAGUUAUACAUGCUUCCUCCUCCAGGGUUUGAAGUCAGUGAGCAAGGCAGCGUGUGGCGGUUGCACAAAUCCAUCUAUGGGUUACGCCAAUCUGCCAGGAAUUGGAAUAUGUGCCUACAUGAAGCCUUAGAAGAGCUAGGUUUUAAGAGGUCUGUUGCAGACAGUUGCCUGUACCUGAAGGGGUCAGGAGAGACACAGGAAGUGAUUCUUGUUUUUGUUGAUGAUAUCUUAAUGAUGUCACAGACUAGUGAACAGAUGCAGAAGUUUGCUAGGGAGCUUGGAAAGCGGUUCAAGUUGAAGCAGCUUGGGGAUGUCAAAUCCUACUUAGGUGUUCAAAUAGCGAAGACUGAGGAUGGUAGCUUUUUGCUUUGCCAGAAAGGUAAGAUUGAACAGUUGCUUGAAAAGUUCAGAAUGUCUGAUUGUGUAGGUGCCAGGUCACCCAUGGAGGCUGUAUACGCGAAAGAAUGUCAGCAAGCAGAACGCGUUGUGUUCGAAAAUACUGAAGUGUUUCAGUCAGCCCUAGGGAGUUUGUUGUACUUGUCUCAGUGGAGCAGACCAGACAUUGCGUUUGCUGUCAAUCUGCUCAGCAGGGAAGCAUCAAACCCCAGUGUGCAAGCCUGGAAUGGCAUCAAGAGAGUUCUGAGGUAUUUGCAGGAAACCAAAGACUUUUGUCUUAGGUUGCCAGCUCAAGGAGAAGUAAAGCUGACUUGCUUUGUGGAUUCGGAUUGGGCUAACUCUGAAGACCGCAAAUCAGUGUCAGGCCUAGUGGUGAAGUUUGGGGACUCAGUAGUUGGGUGGAGGUCCCGGAAGCAAAGUCUCAUAGCGCUUUCAUCUACUGAAGCCGAGUUCAGUGCGCUAUCAGAUGCUUGCAGAGAGCUGGAGUUCUAUGUGUGUUUGGUCAAGGAAAUCUGUGGAGAGAAUUGUCUGCCCGUUGUGGUGCAUGAGGACAAUCAAUGGACCCAAAGAUUUAUUUCUCCAAAGGGCGGUGUCCUGUUUGGCUCCCCCCCCGUAUGA